AUGCCUUCUUCAUCAGACACUGGAGUUUCAGAUACUUUAGAUCCCAUGGCGAUAGUAUCAGAUGACAGAGUUUCGUCGGAGCGAGAGGUCUACACUUCCGACACCACCAGUACCGAUGAUGACGAUUUCCAGCCCUUUGCGCUGCCUGACGUCGGAGCCGAGCCUGCUGAUGAGCAUGACCCUGUUCAUGACGAUGCACCCGCUGUUGCUCCUUUGGUUGAUGAUAUACCUAUUGCCGAUCAUCCUAUUGUUGCUACACCGUUAGUGGAUGAUCAUAUUGAUGACGCUCCUGUUGACGCUCCACUCUUGAUGGAGGAUCCUGUUGUUGCACCACUUCCUGAUCCUGUGCCGGUGCUGUUCGACCGUGCACCUUUCGCUACCCAUAUAGAUCCACGUUACGCCGACACCCGUAACGGGUGGAUAGAUGAUGACGAUGAUUACCCAGCAUUCGUGUUACCAGUUACACCUCCAGCAGCCCCUGUUUUAGCACUCGUUUUAGCACCCAUUUCAGCACCCAUCGAUAUCCCCCCAUUUCCCCCACACAUCACAGAUGCUCAUCGCACAGAUCUUCCUGUUACGUUUCUUCACGACAUACCGCCACCGCGUCCUGGAGAGGGGUCAUCUAGGCAGCCGCCUAUCCCUGUUCCACCCAUGAUGUCAUCUCCUUUUCCAUUCACAUCUCAGUUUCCCACUGUUACACCACCCACUGCACCGUCCUUCACUCCGUCAAGCGAGCCAUUUCUAUGGACUACGCCCCUAUCAUGCUACUGUCUGAUCCGUAUCACCCAUACCAUGUUGGGUACUCCACGGAGGACAUCCUUACUUCUCUGA